AUGACUUCAUCUGCUUCGUUUGAUUCUAGUUCGAAAAAGGUUGUUCAAUUUAGGCCUCCGCCAAUUGUGAAUUUUAUUUCGAAUAAAGUUAAGGAUGAAGAGGAGGAUUCGGAUGAGGACGAGAAAGAAAAACAAAGAAAAAAAGUCAAAAGAGUCUGUUUCUACUUCAUCUGUGAAGUCGUUUUUAUUAAGUAUUCCUGCACCCAAGAACUUGACCACAUUGGGUUCUUUACCUUCAGCUUCGGGUCAUUUUUGGGGCAGACGAGGAUGGGCCCAGGUCGGGCCCAAUCGUCGAGGUCGGGUUCCUGUAAUAUCAUAACUAAUGCUUCAGCAUCUAAUUUAAAUAGUGUUGGUACUAUGGUGAGUGAUGCGGAUGUGAAAUCCAGUAUAGGAUAUUCAGAAAAUCAGUCUGGUGAUGGUUCAUCGUUGAGCUAUGAUCAUUCUAAUUGGAAUUCAGGGAAUGAGAGUUAUUCAAAUUAUGAUGGCUAUGGUGCUGAUUAUGAUGAUAGUGUUGGAACUGGUGAACGUGUUCAUUAUUCCAAUUGGAAUGGGCAAACUGGGGAUUAUGCAAAUUAUGGUGCGGGUUUUGGGAAUUAUGGGCAGGAUGAGAGUAACUGGAUUGAUGAGUCCGGUUCAACAGCAGUGGCCGAGGGAUCGGAAUUGGCUGAAAGUGGAUUGCAAGUUCCUGGGAAGAGGGGUAGGAAUGAUGCUCCAGAGCAUAUUGUUGAUGUGAAGCAGGAUGAGUUGUUGAAAAAUCAGCCGAGGAUGGAAGACCAAGCGAAAUUAACUGGCUUACUAAGGCUCAUGUAUCAAGGCAUGUGCCUAAAGAGAGACUAG